UGUGCCUGUGCGUGUCUGCGCCGCUCACCUCGGUACCGCUCGGGUCACUCGGUGCCGGGCGGGUCCAGCUGCUCCCGGCGCCGGCGGGAAUCGCUUUUCCCAGCGCCGCCGGUUCUCGCUGAGGUCCCGAGAAGAGCGUGAGUGAGCAGCGGCUGGGAGCGAUCACGUAUGUGCUGUAGACGCACAUGUGUUCCCUUCGCAUGCAACACAUUUGUCGGGCUGCAGCUUCGCCCGGUGACACCGGGCGGCCUCGAGGGGGAUGGGGCCCAGGCGAAAGGGGUAAUAGCGAAUUAAUUGCAGAUGAGAAGUAAUAUCCGUCUUUGAGUCAUCAGUCUUUGAGGCAUAAUUUCAUUCCAAAAGCUCUUAGAUGAAUGGUAGAUCUUAUAUAGGAGAGCACUGCUUCUCCCGUAGGAUUAUCAGAUUUCCACUGGAGAAUACAGAUCCUGGAUUAUUGAGCUACAUGACCGAAAAGAAAUGAAUGUCAGAGACGAUUUGUUUAAUCAUUUAACAGCUGACACAAGCCAUGUCCCUAACAAAACGGUGAGAAAGUGGUGAAGAAGAUUUCUGGGAUACAGCAGCGCCAGUACUGUGAAGCCGCUUCUGCAGGUCAGGGGCAGCAUUUGCUGGAGGAUGCCGUAGCCCAGGAGGUGAGGCUCGUGGGGACGAGGUCGAUGGCUUGCAUGGAGCUUCUCUACCUGGCCGAGGAGAGCAGACAGGUGCCCCUGGGCACCGCUACUGGCUGGAGCCUGCCCCCCCAUCCCUACGAGCAGCAGCAGCAGUGUGAGGGGGGUGAGGUGGACCCCAGAGCAGCCGCUGCCGUGGCAGCCCUGCACUGUGAACGGCACUGCAAGCCCUUGCAGAGGGGCCCUGUGGCUGAGCCCCCCCUGGCACCCCAGCCCUCCUCCCUGGGCACCUCACCCCAGGAGCACCCUGCGCCCUCCAGCACCUCCCAGCUCUGCCACCCAGCCGAGCGCUUGCCCAGGGAAGAGGAUGGAGGGAAGAAAAAAGCCUGCUGCUGUGCCCAGGAACUCGAGACAUCGUUCACCUAUGUGGAUGAAAAUGUAAAUCUGGAGCAUGCAAGAAGUCCCCCCACUCCUACAGGUGGCCACGGUGCCCCCCUGCAGCAGCAUUCCUGCAGGGAGCUGCCACCCGAAUGGGUGCACGAUUCUCCUUCCUUGGUCUCCGAGGAGGACGAUGCUGCCUCGGAGGCAGCAGCUGGGAAAUCUGUUGACUAUGGAUUCAUUAGUGCCAUUUUGUUCCUGGUUAGUGGCAUUUUGCUGGUGGUAAUUUCCUAUGUGGUACCCAGAGAUGUGACUGUGGAUCCCAACACCGUGGCUGCCCGGGAGAUGGAGAGGCUGGAGAACGAGAGCGCAAGGAUCGGUGCUCACUUGGACCGCUGUGUUAUCGCUGGGCUGUGCCUCUUGACCCUGGGGGGCGUGGUGCUGUCCAGCCUGCUGAUGAUGUCCAUGUGGAAAGGGGAGCUGUACCGGAGGAGCAGGUUUGCAUCCUCCAAGGAGUCUGCCAAGCUGUAUGGGUCUUUCAAUUUCAGAAUGAAGUCUGGAGCAAACGAUAAUAUGCUCGAGCUGUCAUUAGUUGAGGAAGAUGUGCUUGCCAUAGAUAAUUAGUGUGGUCAUGAUUUUUAAGGCAGCAUUUCUACAGGAAAAUGUGUUUCAUUAAAGAAAGCAGAUGCAGCUAAAGAUAGCUGGUGAUGCAGUUUAUUUGUCUGACAAGAAUGGUGUUAUCUUAAGCUCUAUAAUCAAAUGUUUGCAAUAUAUGAGUACUUGUUGUAAAGGGGAACUGUGCCAGAUGAAAUGCAAAUGAUAUAAAAUAAUGAAAACCACUGAAUAAAAAGAGACUUGUGAUAAGUAGGUUCCUCAGAUACUUGUUUAUCCUAAUAUAAAACAUUCCAUUGGUGUCUUGCCUAUAUAAUUUUCUUAUUACUCCCAUAUAGAACAAGAACAACCUUGACACUUCGGAAACUGUUAAUUUUUGAAGCCUGCAGGAUUAUUAACAGUCUACUUGGCAGAAUAUUAAGCAGGACCAAUAAUCAAAUAGCAGGGCUAAUAUUUCAUUAAGAGAUGCUUUUUUAUUCUUUAAUUUUAAGCAGAUCCCUUCUCUUCAGUUAAGUGACAGCUAUGGGAAGAAAGAACACCACUUGGUCAUGGCUGGCCACAAACCUCCCGUAUUUUCAAACAAUUGUACAAUUAGUGAUGAUUAUUUAAAAUAUAAAAUAAGAGACAAAGGGCAGGAAACCAUAUGGCUCGUGGUGCUGGUAGGAGACAAAAGGCUCUUUCAGCGUGAGGUCAGUGACUCCAUUUCAGUUCAGAUUAGCAAUGAUUGAUAGUCAUUAACUUCUGAUAGUUAUAGUGACCCAUAUAAAAGAAGUUUAGUUCCUGGUGGACAGAUGUCUUUGUAUGAAAACUGCCAUAACAUGAAUUAACGGACCUCUUGUGAGGAGUCUCAAAAGACCCAAAGACUGAAAAUGCAUGGGGAUGCUGAGACUAGACACUUCUUCAGUACAUUUGCCAGAAGAAAUUUAAGCUCAGCUGCAGGGCUUUGCAUAUACUGGGGCUGUCUGCAUCUUAUUAGUCCUUUUUGAAACUUCAGUUUUUUGUCACUAGGCUGUCAACCUUCUCAUAACCAGCAAGGAAAGGUCAGGAAGGAGCUCUCUGAGACUCGUUCAAUAAAACCCAAUUUAUUUGUAAAGAAUAAAUCAUCAGGAAAUACAGAGGUUAAGUAUCAGGCAGUUUACUGGCUGACAAGAGACUCACUUAACAUAGGGGAUGGUCAAGGGUACAUGUUGCUAUUAAUCUCAGUUCUGUGGCGCUGUAGCCAAAAACCUGUACUAUUGAUGCUAUUUGCUUUAUUACCAGCCAGUUUCUAGGGAACACUGAUGUGUUCUUUGCAGUGCUGGGAGUAUCAGCAAAAAUUGUUCCGUGCACCGCUGUCAGUUCUUACUGAGCAAUGGUUAAUACAUAUAUAUUUCUUGAUAAUAAGUAUAUGUCUGUUAUAUGUAUGAAAAGCCAAACAUAGGUGCAGAUCUCUGUCUGUGCAGUCUCUGACUGCAGUCUUAGAAGAAGCAUGUGCUUCACUAUGACAGUCUUCUCAGUUGUGAGUUAACUCUAAAAUAUCAGGAAUAUGCAUUAUUUUUAAAAUACUUUUUUCCCCACUGUGACACACAACAGAUGAGUUCUCAUGGGAAGGUGGGAGGAGAUUUCCUUUAUGCUUCCUUUACCCAGCACACAAUAUGUGGCAGCACAAAGUCCAGAAUAACAAGUGGAUGGCAGAAACCUAGGUUCCUCACAGAGAGACCAAACACUAUUUUGCCACUUUGUUCUUUAUUCUGCUUCUCUGGCUGGUUUUGUCAAGAGACAAUUGCAGAACCCAAGUCUGACUAAAUUAGUUCAGUCCCUCGUGCAUGCUGGCACGGAUGCCUGUGACAAGGGCCCGAGGAACUGCCCUGCUCCAGAGUCACACCUUUGGUCAGUAAAUUCCAUAGUGUGGUACCCGGGGUUUAAUGCUGGCCCUGCAACAGAGAUCCGGGUUCACAUGUUCUCUGCUCCAACUGCAGCUUUAGGUCCAUGUUACUGUGUAAUUAAAUGAGCUGCCUUAUUAGAGGGAGCUGCUGCCCAGUAAAUUAUUCUCCCAGUUUAUGUCAUGAUACACAGCGUGUUCUCAGGCAGUAGCUCAGCAGUGGCCAGCAUCUCCACAGUCAUCUUUGAAGAGCUUACAUUCUUCUGGCUGUGUCAUCAGAGAUUCCUAAUUGAAUCUCUAGGAUAAAUACAUGAAAUGUCUUAUAUCUGGAAGCUCCCUCAGCCUGUUGUGAUCAGUACAAGUGAGUAAGGACCUAGCCUGAGAAUCCGGAGGCAGAGCAGGAAGGUUCCUCUUUUGCUGGCCUUGGCUGGCAGGUGAGUUAUGUGGGCACAGCCUGCAGAGCUUGACACUUUUCUCAAGGUGGGGAGGUGGGAACAGCCCUUCUGCUCAUCCUGCCCUGAGGAUGGGAAGGGGCUGGCCUUCCCAGGGAAAGCCAUGCCAAGCAAGAGGGCAAAUGUUGCUGAUCUGGGGUCAGCAAGGUGGUGUAGGGCAGGGGACGAAUAUCUUGGGGGAUGAAAACCCUUUCGCCUGCCUGGGCCCCGUGUUCUCACCUAUGUGACAGAAGCUCUAAAACUGAGGCUGGUGGAUUUGAGAGCUAUUAUUUUUGUUUUUUAAUUAUACAUAUGCAUGAAAUUGGAGUACAUUCCAUUACUGGAGAAAGAUGUCAGCUUAAGCUGUAUGGAUCACAGAUUUCUUGCAGGAGCCAUGACAUGCCUUAAUGCUGAUUAUUAGCACUAGAAAAAGGAAUGCUUCCCUGACUGUCAGUAUGUUAUUGUCAAGUGAGAAGUUUUCUGACACUUUGUAAAAUGCCUGUCACAGAUCAUGAACCUGCAAUACUUUAAUGAACCCUGAAAUUUUUCCUGAGCAUUUUAAGGAAACAUUAGUCAACCUAAUAAUCUAAAUGUACACUGCAGAAGUGUGAGGAGUAAUAAAAUUUAAACAACAGGACUAACAGUUUCUUUAUUUUGGUGUAAGUGUAUGCUAUGAAAGAGGUGAAGGAAGGUCUUCAGAGCACAGGAAUUUAGCAGAUAAAAAUGCUUGGGACAUUCUAAGUGAUCAGAGCAUCACUUUAGAAAUUGCAGCAUGAUGUGAGUUAGUGGUGCAGUAUAAAACCUCCAGACUCUCAGGUUCUCGUGCUGUGAAACCAAACACAGACAGAAACCAAAGCACUUGCUGUCUGGUGGCUGAUGGUGGAAUUGAAUGUAUGAGCCCACUGGCCACUGGACAAGCCUUCACAGCAUUCAGCUCACAUGAGAGGGUACCAAAGGGUGAGGCCAAGGGACAUUUAUUGCCCCCUCAUGCACCCUUGCAAUUGACUUCCCCUGCUCAAAAUUUAAAUGCUUUAAAGGUACAAAUGGGAGAAAAAUUGUUGGUGUUUUCACUGCCUGGGCUAAAGUUGUCACUUCAUUCACUGGAGAGCUUUCUCCUUUUUUGGGGAACUAAAUUUUGGCAUAUAUUGAGUGGGUUUUAGGUGCCCUCUAAACAUCCCUAUUCUGAAUAUGUAUUUCUGAGUACCCUGGAAAUGACAGGAUUUGUGCCCUUAGUCAGUUUAUUUGUGACCAGCCCCAGCUGCCAGAUAUGACACUUUCCUGAUUUCUACCUCAUGACACGUCUGCUGGCUGGGCCCAGCCCUGGUCUCUACUUUCCCACUGGGGGUGUCCAAGCUUCCCUGAACUGCGGGAAGGGAGGCAGCAGCUGCCGGUGUCCGGCUCCCUGCUGCUCAAACAGCUCCUGCUCGCCCUGUUCUCAGUUCCCUUUUCUCGGUCACACACUGUGCCUGAGGCUGGACAUUGGGAGCUGCAUGGCAGCUGCUGGGGAUGCUGAUCAGAACAGAGGCUGGCACUGCACUGUCCCAGCCCACGCACUGCGGGUGCCCAGCGUGUCUCCCACCAGCCUCGCCUGCUGCUGCCAGCCUGAAGCCGGCUCCGUGGCAGGAGCCCCAGACUCUCCUAGGAAGCUACACUAGGUUGUUGCUGGGUUUUUAUGUGUUUGCAAUUUUUUAGUCUAUGUAAUUCUUUUAAAAAUCUGUCUGCAAUGAGUAUAGAGUUUACUGACUAAGAAAGCAACUGGUUUAAUUUUGUAAGACUCUGACUCACAAUGUGGUGAAACAUCACAGUCCAUCAUGAGCUGUUCAGUAGUGCAUUUGAUGCCUUAUUACAAUUGCAGCCGUGUUCUGUACAGAGUCAAAAAUAAAAGUCUGUGAAGCUGA